AUGUCGCCCACCAAACAUACCUCCGGUCCUCUGACAGAGCGCUCCCCAAAUACCUCACCAUCCAAGACCAACACAGCCGACAAGACGGCGUCCAACAACGAUCUCCUUAAGAUGCCUGCCACCGCAGCGUUUCCCAUCCGAAACGACCAGACAACGAGUUACAUCUCCCCUUCAGACGCCAUGAUGUCUCCAACAUCGAAGAAGCUGUCCGCGAUCAAAGGUCGCAAGAUGGCAGGGUCCAAGCAACUCAACGGCAGAGAGCUGUUCGCAAAGGCUCGCGCUCUCAAGACUCAGUCCUCCACGGCCGCAUCGUCGCAGACAGACACCGAUGCAGAUUCUUCGAACUCCCAGCGCUCGGAGCAGGACUCAUAG